CGGUCGCGCUGGGGUAUGCACGUGUCGCGUGCUUCGUGCGAACCACUUAAACAUAAACAACAACAACAACGUGUUUGGCCACGUAAACAAAGCGGGAACUGUGUGGAAAAGUUUGUGUAACUUCGGGUUCGAUACAAUAACAACCUUCAAAUAUGGCGUCACGACCAGCAGCACCAACAGUGCGCACGAAGAAACAAAACCACGCCAAUAUACCAUGCCCCAUUGAAAACUGCGCACGAUUCACAUAUGGAAAACUUCCCGACCACCUCACUAAGAUACAUGGCCUCACAGGCGCCGAGAGAGACGCUCUCAACGAACAACAAAGAAAGAGAUUCUUCAACGGCGAACUUUGUCAAGUGCGAUAUUUAAAAGAAUCCGCAAUAAGAGAUCUCUGGGGAAGCGACUACGAAGACCCGAGAAUCAGAGCUAAGAUUCACCAAAGCUACGCUCUCGUUAAAAUAAGGAUCAUACCACUAGCGGCAACGCAGCGUGCGAGACCUUUGACGGAACAAGACGCGAAUGUCCUCACAGCGUAUAAUGCUAGAACUGCACCCAGGCCUGCACGCGUUCAGCGCUCCCGUGCAAGAACAAGACCUUAUCCAGUUCCCGAGAAUAGUCCAACGAAAAGCCGAGUUUCCAGCGAAUCCAGCGAAGAAGAAAAUACCCAAAAUCCACUCCCACCGUCCCCUCCUCCUUCCUCCCCGUCCCUUCCUCCAUCGCCCGCACCAUACGAACUACAACCAGUAGAAACUCGCCUCCGAGACAUAUUCGAUACAAAAAUCGAUGCUGGAUACAAAGCAGUAAUUGAUGACAUGAAAAAGUCUAUGACGAUGGGUAGAACACUCGGUUCUAGGAAACGUAAAGCAUAUCGGACGUACAGGCGAUACGCGAAGCGACUAAUAGUUUAUCUGCAUAGACAGCAUUCUCCCUUAGCUUACGAUGUAGACGUCCUGCUUUGUGGAGAGAGGCAAGUAUGUGAAUUUCUCGAAAGGAUCAGUAGUGAACACAAGGCGAAAACGCUGCGAAACUACAUUGUUGCUGCAAUCAAGCUGUUGGACUCCCGCCUGUUCGCUAUUGAAACAGAUCCGUCAUGUAAGGAGAAGGUUUCUUCCAUGACAAGAGUGUAUGAAGUGCUUCAUGGGCGGCUGAAUGAAUGUGACCGACUUUUAGCACAAAAGGAGGCCUCAGUAAUUCCUAAAACGAGCCCGACGACUUUCGAUAGUGAUGUUAUGGAUCAAAGUUUUAACGACUGUUAUGAUGAGUUAGUAUAGACACUUAACUUUUACGUGUUUAUAUUAUCAAGUGUAUCUAUAAAACCUAUGUUUAUAUAGUAAGCAGAAUCCCGAUUUAAUACACC